UUGAUAUACAACUAAAACAUUACUUCAGUCUCUGUUAUCUGUAUCAAUUCAAUAAAUAAAUAGUUUGCUAGUUAUUUUUAAUUUCAUUUCAUAUUUUAGUAUUUUCUUUCAGUUCAACUAUAGUAAUAAUAUAUAGUUAUAAUAAUAUUGUGUAAAUAUCGUCUGAGAUAAAUUCAUUCUUGCAAUUUAUUUACAGUGCAACAUGACAGUGUAUUGUAUUAUUGAUCAAAAAAUUCAAUUGAUUAUCUACUGUCAAUGAAUUUUUGACUAUAUUUAUUUAGUAAAUAAUGAGUCGACAUAUGUUUUGGAGAGGAUUAACACCAUUAGAAGUCUGUUCCUCGCAAACAGUACCUGAUAAAAUUGUCAAGUUAUGUUCCUUAGGCGCUGAUUUUAUUGUUCUGGGAAGUGACCAUGGUCUGUAUCACUGUGACAUUGAAGAAGAUCGCUUAGAGUUCAGGAAAAUUGGUGGUAUCUCAGCUAUAGACAUAUCAUACUACAAUGAUAUUGUAUACAUUAUUGAUGUGCAUGGCCGCUUAUACAAAACAAAUUCCAGUUUUAAAAAUAAGGAAGAAAUUGUGGUCAAAGAAGAUGCAAAAUGCUGUCCUCAUGGCUUUAAAAGCUCUAGUUUUAAAGUGAAAUUCAGAAAUGUGGUGACAAGUGAUUUUGGUCAACUUUUCAUAAGCAGCGAUGGUCAACUGUGGGGUUCAGGUGCAAUGCCCCAAAUAGCUUUAGAUACAACUAGUAUUAAGAAAGUGCCAUUUUUUGAAGGUAGAACUGUUUAUAGUGCAUCUGUAGGACAGAAUUUUGCUGCUGUUAUAGCUAGAAAAAAUGUGAAACGAUCAGGCAAUUAUGAUACAGAAAGUGAUAAUGAUGAUGAGGAAGUAUUUGCAUCUAAUUGCUCACAAUGUCAGACAAUAAUAGGCCUAGCUUCCCCUGCAUCUGUGCCGUCCCUUUCCGAAACCUGCCCUCUUGGAGUCCAAAUCAGUAAGUCUAGUGAAGACUCCAGUAGUACAACAGCUCCACAAACAGAUGUCCAUGUGGAUGCCCAUAGUUUUACAGAAGAUUCUAGUCCCUCAUCUGAGGAAUCAAAAAUUGCUAAAUAUAAUAUAGCCCAAAGAAAUCCUAAUAUAGAAACAGAUCAUAGUCAACAAGAUGUGAAAGUCUCAGAGGAUGAUACUGAAAGUCCAGAAAUUGUUACUGACACACCUCAUGAAAGUACAGAAAAAAUCAAUAACAUAUUCAUAAAUACAGAUGCUGCAAGACAAUUUCUAAGUAGACAGUUAUCUUGGGUGUCAGCUGGUGAAGAUUAUUUAGUAGAAUAUACCGAGAAACCUACAAGAAUAAUUAAAGAGAAUGUCUCUAAUCUCACAAAUUUUGUUUAUGAAGGAGUGAAGACAGUAGGCGACAAAGUUGCAACUUUAUCUAGACAUGUCAGUGGUAGUAGUGACAAUAAUGAAGUUGUGGAACUUCAAAUAAGAAAUUACAAUGAAGAAAUCAAUUCUCUAAUGUAUAGCUGUACAUCUAAUUGCAAUUUUGAUGACCUUCAAUUCUCUACAAGUACAAUUAGCAGUGAAAAAGAAUUUGAAGCAGGUAGAAAGAAUGAAAAUAUUAAGAACAUGGCAAAACUUGGUAAGAAUAUUUUGGCAACAGAAUUGUGGACUUGGGGAGACAUAUCAUAUGGCCAAUUAGGCAUAGGUGAUACAGUAAAACGAAUCAAACCUAUGGUUGUCAUGAGUCUAUCUGGCUUUGGACUACAAAAAGUAUCAUGUGGUAAAUGGCAUUGCUCAGCGCUAACAUUAGAUGGUCGACUAUUUGCAUGGGGUUAUAACCAUUACCACCAAGUGAGUUUUGACUCUAGAGAAGAUAAAAGUGGUCCUAAACAGUUUACUGAAAAUUCUGACAGUGAUCGUGUAAGAGACAUGAUAGCUACUGACCAUCACACUCUUGCAUAUACACACAAUGAAAAUAUUUUUUAUAUGGGUAAACAUACAAAUGGAUUUACUGAAUGCAUAGUUAAUUUAAAUAAUAAAGCGGACAAAGAAGUUACUGAAGAUGAUAAUUUGGCUGUGAAGAUUACUGAGCCCCAAAAUGUUGCAAAUAAACCCCAAAAUAUGUGUUAUCAUUGGAGGAUAUUGUCAUCAGGUAACAUUAGCUAUUGUUCUCUGGAAGACAUCCAAUGUCCAGAAUUUCAAGAUCUGUCCAUUGCUCAAAGAUAUUUGGAAGAAAUGCUUUUGAUAUAUCAUUCUCUUAUCAAACCUUUUCUAAAGAAAAGUAAAGUUGUGAACUUACAUUCCAUUAUAUAUGAAACUGUUUGUGAUAUAUUUGGUGACAUUUUGAACAUAACUGCUCUGAAUGUGCUCUCCAUGUGGCAAUAUGCAGAGAAGCACAUAAUUGAAUGUGAUAUUUCUUUGAUAAAAAAUUUAGAAGAAUAUAUUUAUUUGUACAGAAAGUAUUAUGUAGCUGUAAGCAAUUUAAUUGUUAUUGGUGGUUUCUCACAGAUCAAUAGUAUAGUUGAUGUACCAUCAAGUAUUUAUAAUUUGUUCAGUGAUCAGCUCCCAUCGAACAAACAAAAGAACAAUAAGAAGACUUUAGAAGCAAUUGUGGCUUUGGCAUUUGUACAGCCACUAACAAGAUUAAGUUCCUACAAAUGCAUAGCUCAAUCUAUCCUGAGAUACAAAACAAAGAGAAAAAAAGGCGAUGUGAAAGCAGCUAUUGAGGAAAGAUUAACCAAGGUUAUAUCAUCAUUAGACUCAUUAAUUGAAGAGCAAGAAAAGAAGCGAAAGGAAGCAGACAUAACUAAACUAUUUUGGGAGACAACAGGCAAGUCUCUGGAACAAUAUAGAACACCAGAACGUCGCCUUGUUAGAGAGUCCAAGUCACGGCCACUAAAUUUGGUGAAUCCAGGACGAUUUUCAUCCCACUGGUUCGUUCUAUUCAAUGAUUUGUUUAUCCACGUCAAUGGAAGUACUCCUAAUUUGCACCCAUUAGAAACCGUGUGGAUAGAAUCAGUAUCAAAUACUGAGUCAUUAUUGAACGUCAUUCAACUUACGACACCAGAAGAAGUGAUAUCACUUUCAACAAGUUCAGAACACGAGAAAACAGAAUGGCUUCAUGCUUUUAAUACGAGUAUACGUACAAAACUAAACAAGGAUCCAACUUUUAAACCGCCAUCAAUUAGAUCAGCAGAUUAUACGUUUUCUAGUAAAAUUCCAUUUUAUAAAGAUUCUAAAUAUUCAGGAAGAUGGUUAGAUGGGAAAACUCAUGGAAAUGGAAGACUUGAAUGGCCUGAUGGAAAGCUCUAUGUGGGACAAUUCCAACUGAACGCUUUAUGUGGUCAUGGCAAAAUGGAAAUACCAACAGUAGGUAUCUACGAAGGCCAAUGGAAGGACAAUCUUCAAAAUGGUUACGGUGUAAUGAAGUACGUCACGGGCGAUAUAUACGAAGGGUAUUUCAAAGACGGUCAACCCCAUGGCCAUGGGAUCAAGAAGCAAGGGGAUUUCACGUCCUCCUCCGCCACUAUCUACACUGGCGAAUGGGUUAAUGGGGUGAAACAAGGCUAUGGGGUGAUGGACGAUAUUGGCAAAGGAGAAAAGUAUCUGGGCAAUUGGAGUGAUAAUAAAAAACACGGUUGUGGCCUUAUAGUGACCUUAGAUGGAAUUUACUAUGAAGGUCUUUUCAUGCAAGACGUAUUAACGGGUCACGGCGUGAUGGUGUUCGAAGACGGUACCCACUACGAAGGCGAGUUCAGAUCCGCCGGCGUCUUCUCAGGGAAAGGCGUGCUUACCUUCUCCAGUGGGGACAAAAUCGAAGGGUCACUAUCCGGCGCGUGGACUGAGGGCGUGAAGCUGUCGAACGCCACGAUGCAUCUUAACGUUUCUAACCCAGCUCCACCUUCGAAUUCAAAACCUAAUUCCUUCGGGAAACUCAGCGUCGCGCCCCAUCAAAAAUGGAAUGCUCUAUACCGACAAUGUUUCCAAUGCCUCGGUGUAUCGGACACUAUCCUCACGCCGACCGGGAAUCACUUCGCAAACGGACCCUCCGGCCCUGUGAUAGACAACGUGAAGAUAUGGCAAAAUGUCGCCGUUGCAAUUUCCUGCUCGCACAAAGACAAACAUGUGAAAACGCAGAAGAAGUCAAAGGGUUCAGAUUUGGAGAAAUCUGUCGAUUGCCUGGAGGUGAUACCGCAGUUUGGACAGACAUCUCUCAAUCUGGACAGCUAUAUGGAGUUACGGCAGUAUUUGCAAAAUGCAUGUGAAUCAAUGCAUCACCCGUUGGGGCGGCUGGUCCUCGGGCUCACUAACGCGUUCAACACCACAUACGGCGGUGUCCGCGUCCACCCACUGCUGCUGAGUCAUGCAGUCAAGGAGUUGAAGAGUAUCACCACCAGGCUGUACCAAGUGGUCAGGUUGUUAUUCCCCGCGCUACCACCAGAGGGCACCGAUGUCGUGUUGCCGUAUAACAAAAAUGAGUCCAGUAGCGAUGGAGACGAAACUCCUGAUAGCAAUCCUAUUGAAGGUGAGGUGGUAUCAGCGGAGUCCCUUCUACAGCCGACGCUCCUGCCGCGCGUCCACCCGGCGUUGUUCGUGCUGUACGCGCUGCACAACAAGCGCGAGGACGACCUCUACUGGCGGAGACUGCUCAAGUGGAACCGGCAGCCCGAUAUUACCCUCAUGGCCUUUUUGGGCAUUGACCAAAAGUUCUGGAUCGGCUACAGCGGCCACAGCAAUCAGAUGUCGCCAACAUACACGCCCCUUAAGGAGCAGUUGUUCCAAGAGGCUGUCGAGACACUGCAGCAGUUGAAAACCACUUUUUCACCCAUCGAGAAGCUCCUAGUCAUCAGAAGUACUUUCCAGAAGAUGACCACGGCUGUGCAACAGGAAUUAGGUGAGAACUAUCUAUGGAGCAUGGACGAGCUGUUCCCAGUGUUCCAUUUUGUUGUGGUUCGCGCGAGAAUCCUGCAGCUCGGCUCCGAAAUACACUUCGUGGAGGACUUCCUGGAGCCGAGCAUGCAACACGGCGAGCUGGGACUCAUGUUCACCACAUUGAAGGCGUGCUACUUCCAAAUAUUACAAGAAAAGAUGACAAUCAAUUAGAAGGAGACGCCGAUAUAAUGAAGAGUACAAUAGAAUAAAUGAUCUCGCAAUACGUAUAUGGUGCGUCAUAUGAUUACUUAGUUUGUAGCUUAUGCAAUAAUUUGCCGUUUUAAGAUCUAUGCUAGAUGUCCUUAUUUAGAACAUGUCUUUAAUUGAAAUGUAUUAAUAAACUUUGUUAUUGCUAGAUGUUUAUUAGAUGUGAAUUUACAGGGUACAGAGGAAUAAUACCUGAGUCCUCAGGAAUGGCAACGCAUGGGGGGUAUCAUGAGCGAAACAGUAUACUCUGUUAUGUCCAUGGUACUGCUCAUGUCUAUAGGUGACGGUUACCACUUUCCAUUAGGUGGGCCGUCAGCUUGUUUGCCAUUCUAAGUUGCAUAAAAAAUGUUAAAGAAACGAUUAUUGUAUUCCUCUUAUAGUUUCUGUAUUUAAUUUAUUCUAUUUUUAACUAUGGGAAAUAUCCUACAUAAGAACUGAAUAAGUUAUGGUAUUUAUAAACAAUAUUCAUGAGUUGUUGACGAAAAAUACCAAUAUAUUGAAUGUAUUAGUUUUUGUAUUAAUUUCUUGUCGCUAUAGUUUCGUUUUCAAAUGAUUUCCAUCUAGUAUUAUGUAUUUAAUGCGAUAUUUUCCUUUUAGAGGCUAUUAAAGUAUAUGAAUAAGGUAUAUAUCUGUUUAUUCUUAAUUCUGUAUGGUUGAUUAGAUGAAAUCAAAUCUAUAUUCGUACGUACCGUCACGUAAUUUUAAUUUUUAAGCCCUAUAUUUUUAUAUAUGUGUUAUUUAAAUCGAUUUUUCAUUAGAUUUGUUCAAUAUAAUCUCGCUUUGCCUUUGUUCCAAUAUUUGGAGUCGGCGCAGUACACUUUUCUAUUAUAUUGGUUUCUAAAAUUCGUCGCAAACUUUUUUGCGUAUAUUAUCUUCCACACACACACACUGUUUUCGGUUAUCGAUAUCUUUAAUUAAUCCAUGUUUAUAUAAAUUUAUUAUAAUAUUAAUUUUUAAAAAUAUGAGUCCUCACGACUCCAUAUAAAAAUAUUUAAUAGUUUGUCUACUGUGAGAAUGAUACUUCAUCAUUCAUUCACUCAUUCUUUAUCACCCAGAAUAUAUGUCAUUUGUAUUUCGAAGUCCAUGUAAAUGCAUAUAAGUCUAAAAUCCUAUUUAUAUUUUUUAAUACAAAAAAAAAAUACAUUACAUUAACCAAAAAAUAAGCUUUAAAAAACAUUUUCUCCCUUCUUUGAAAAUCGUUAUUGUAUACACUUUAUUUUUUUCUCAAACUUUAAAAUCAUUCAAUUAGGCGUCAAUUAUGAAAAUGUCUAAAGGAAUUUUCGUACAUAAAUGUUACUUAAAAUACUCAAAUAUAAUUUUAAAUAAUUGUUUUAAUUGUAAUAUUUAAUGUUUUGUACUUUAGCGGUUCUAUAAGUGUGUAUAGGAUUUGAAGGAAACGCUUCGAAUUAUUUAUAGCAAAUUAUGUUUAAUCCUAUCUAAUAUUUAUUUAUGUUAUUUAACCGUAUUAUAUGAAUUUUUUUUUUUUUUUUUUUUUUUAUAGUGCUUAAUUUUUAAUUUUUUACUGAUAGAAUUAUCUAAAAAUACGUUAUUCGUAACCAUUCAUGAAUUAUUAUUGGCGUAGUGUGUAUAUUUUAUUUGAAGUGCCAAAAUUAUAUAAUAAAUAUUCAUUAAAGAAUUACAAAAUUAUUUAUCUAUUAAGCUUACAUUGUAACUCUAAAAAUGUACAUUAUUUUAAUACGAUUACGGUUAUAAAUGCAAUAACCUUAGGAUUAACUGUCAAUGUCAUUGCAAUCUGCAAUGUUAUUCUGUGAAGUUUUGUAUCUCAUUUCUAAUAUCACUUCAACUAAAUUAUUACUUUGUCUAAUUUUGGUAUUCUGUAAUCUUGGCAAUGACUAGUGAAGUGAAAUGAGUUUUGAAAGUUAAAACGAGUUCCUAAGGGUGGUAACACACCCAGUGGUGACUUGUGGUGGAGGCACGCCUCGGGCCGUUCUGGGGAGUUUCCAAACGCCUCUGUUUUUCUCAGCCAUAUCCAUAUUCUGUUUAUUAAGGUCUAAAUUAAAUUUCAACUGUAAGAUUUUAACUAAUUAAAUAUAAACCGAUCUGAAUAAAAAGAUUAAAAAAUUACAUCAACUCCUUAAACUGAGGCGCUUAUUCACGUUUAUCUCUCCGGGCCUCUGACUGGCUUAGUCCGCCACUGCACUUACCCCAGUUAACAGCGCUGCGACCGUAACAAAGUGACGCUGUCAUCGAUCAAAACAGCAAAUGUAAGUCACUAACAAAUCCACUAGUGAAAUUCAUUUGACUUUACAGAAUACCACUACUGAUGAGUAUAGCUUUUUUUUUUUGCCUUAUAUAAUUUUUUUUUAAUAAUAUUAAAUAAAUGUAACAUGUUAUUACGCAACGCUUUAAUUAAUAAUAGGUGUUGUUAUGUAGUGUUUUAUUUAAAUAGUGUCAUAUAUAAAUUGUUAAAGUUAUUCCAUAAAAUGACUGUGAGGAUAUUACGUUUACAGUUUAUGUUUAUACACGCGAAAUGUAUGUGAAAUGAAAAUUAUAGGAAGUACACAGUACGCAGAGACCAUAAUUAAUUCGUAUUAAAAUUACAAUUGAGCUGGUCUUAAAAAAAUCUGUUUUAAUAAGUGUAUUGAAUAAGCGUGGAUGUUGUUUCCUAAUGUGUUGCUAAAAAUAAAUAUUAGGUACUUCCAUUGAAAUUAAAAUGUUUAAUAUCACUGCAGACGACGGACGUUUCGUCCGCAGAGAAAAUCUAUCUUGUAUAAGCUAUAACCGUGCACAAUACGCGUGCAUUGGAGCAUGCAGUUUUAGUGUUGCUAAGACUAUAGAUUUCCCUAUAUGAAGUAAAUUUGAAUUGAAUUUGAUCUCGUAGGUCUUCAGCUUAGAAAGACGAAAAUACUUAAUAUAAAAGGACUUUUUUCCACGAACACAAUUGUCCCUUAUCUGCGCUGAUUAUUAAUCAAAUUGGCACUUAAAGUCAGAUGGCAUUGUAAUGCGUUCAGAUUACAUAUUAAAAAAGAAACUUUCCAAGCCAGAAUAUAGCAACAUUGGACCAAUUAAACAAUAAUUCGUCCUGUGUUGCUAUAUUUUAUAUAAAGUAGUGAAUAAGAUAUGACAAUCCGAAAUUCCAUAGCACUUCUUAGGGUUUUAAGUUAAAAUAUUUAUUUUAAUAAAAAAAAAAGCAUAAUUAUUACCUCAUAUGUCACAAACUAUGUAAUGAGUUUCUUCAUAGUUUGUAUAGCGACUUUAUUUUGUUAUUACAUAAAAUAUCUUAAUAAAAUAUGGUUUUCCGUUUUCUUUAAGUUCAAUACUUCGUAUACCUAUAUACAGCGAGCAAUGGGACUAGUGUAAAGAGCUAAAACCCGGCAACAGUAUUACUGAAAAUGAACAAGUUUCCGUAAGUAAUUCCUAGUCAAAAUAUUAUUUUUUACCUUCUCAUACAAAGUUCAUAAUCACACGAUUAAUUUAGUACGAAAAUGUCACCUACCACUUUCUGAAUUUAAAUGAACCUUUAAUAAUACCUUCUCGAGCUCGCCUAAUCGCAGACACGAUCCUAAAUCCUAAUAACGUUCAAAAAAUUAAGAAAUUUACCACCUUUUAGUUUUAAAAAGUAGUUUCAACCAAUAAGAACAGGUAAGAAACUCGGAUUAUUUCUCGUUUCAGUUUUUUCUCAAUUAGGUUGUAUUUUUUUUUGUUUGUUACCUCAUAACUUCUUAAGUUGUAAACCGAUUUGAUUUUUAUCUGAAAGGAUAUUUAUACAUUGAUUCCAUAAUUUUUUUUAUAAAAAUCAGUUCAGUGUUUUAGUUUGUAAAACUGGUUUUGCCACAACCGAAGCCGGUUUUGAGGAACGCAAUCUUCAUUAUUUUUAUAUCCUACCCAUAUUCCCUGUGGAAAGUUGUUUAGUUUCAACCGGUUUUAGAAUGUUACUGAUGGGUUUUGACUUGUUCUAUUAACCUUUGUAUAGAAAUGACCACAGUACAAAUAUAAGUGAAUUGAACAUGUUGUAACUGAACUUAUGUACCCGUAGUUUUCACAGUGUGAAGAUUUCUAGUGUUAUGUAUGUAUAUAUGAAUAUUUGUUUUUAUCUGGCAACACCAGUAAUGUAAUAAAGUGUACAAUACGGGAAGAUAAAUAUAUUCUUUACUUCAUAGAACACCAAAACUGUUCAGUGAAUACAAUUACUAUGUACCUAUAGAUAUCAUAUCAUAGUUUAUAAAUGAGAGUUAGGUACAUAAUUGUAAUACUGUUUGUAUAGAUAUUUCUUGUCAUGAUUCUUUGUAUUUGAAAUGUGUUUAACAGUUCAAAAAUAUAUAACAUUUAGUAAAAUUCGCAAAA